UUACCCUUGCUACACCACAAAUGGAAGCCUCCACAGUAUCACGGCUUCUCAGCAGCAAUGCUGCUGCAGGUGGUGGUGGUGCCUCAUCCAUUGCCCCCUCCCAGGCUGCCAGCUUUAUGAAUGAUGCUAUCGAGAAGGCCCGCAAGGCUGCUGAGCUCCAGGCACGCAUCCAGUCCCAGGUAGCCCUGAAACCUGGUAUCCUCGGAGCAUUGGGAAACACUGGGCCUCACAACCUAGUGGCACUAGCUAAUCUACACGCCAUGGGAAUUGCUCCACCGAAAGUGGAAGUCAAGCAGGUGAAUAAGCCAACACCUCUUAUCCUGGAUGAUUUGGGAAGAACUGUGGAUGCAAGUGGCAAAGAGGUUGAACUCACACAUCGCAUGCCCUCACUAAAAGCUAACAUUCGAGCUGUGAAGAGAGAGCAGUUCCGUCAGCAGCUGAAGGAGAAGCCUGGUGAAGACAUUGAGUCCACGUCCUACUUUGACCAACGUGUUUUUAUAACACCAGCUCAACGCCCUCGCAGGGGCUUCAAGUUCCAUGACCAGGGGCGCUUCGAGAAGAUUGCUCAGAGAAUUAGAACUAGGGCCCAGUUAGAAAGGUUGCAGAAUGAGAUUGCCCAGGCAGCAAAGAAGACAGGAAUCCAGGCGUCCACCAAGCUUGCCCUGAUUGCACCCAGGAAGGAGAUCGGAGAAAAGGAGGUGCCCAACAUUGAGUGGUGGGACUCUUUCAUCCUGCCCAGCAACGUAGACUUUAGAACUGAAACAAAUUUUGAACAGCUGGAGUUAUUUGGUGUGACCAACCUUGUAGAACAUCCUGCACAAAUUAACACCCCAGUGUGUCCUGCAGACAUCCAGCAACUGAUGGUGAUUAAAGAAGAGGUUCCCCCUGAGGAGCAGCAGUGGAGCCCCCUUGUCGACAAGAAGGACCCAGAGCCCCCCCAUAUUAAAGAGGAACAGGAGGAACCGUGGACCAAUCAGGAUGGACAGCAACUUCAAGGACUGGAGGAGGCUGAUAUCAAGUUCACAUUUACUCCUGUCGCUGUGAAGAGUGAAGAAGAUGAAGAGAAACUUAAAUCGUCAGAGCUUCAUCUGAGUGAGACGAAGGAGAACAGAGCAGACUGUGGAGGACCAGAACCAGCCAGGAACUCAGGUCCUGAUGGACGUUUACAACCAGGUCCUGAAGACAAGACUGAUGACUCUUCUCAGACUGAAGACAGUGAGGAUGAUUGGAUGGAGACCAGGGAACCUCAGACAGGUUUGAAUACAAGAAAUAACAAACAGCCUCUAAGUGAUAUGGGAUGUAAGACAGAAAAAAAAUCGUUUAGUUGCACUGAGUGUGGUAAAAGAUUUACCGAAAGGGGCAAUCUAAAUACACAUAUGAGGAUUCAUACGGGAGAGAAACCGUUUAGUUGCUCUGAGUGUGGUGAAAGAUUUAACCAAAGGGGCAAUCUAAAUAAACAUGUGACGAUUCAUACAGGGGAGAAGCCGUUUAGUUGCUCUGAGUGUGGUGAAAGAUUUACCGAAAGGGGCAAUCUAAAAACACAUAUGAGGAUUCAUACGGGAGAAAAACCGUUUAGUUGCUCUGAGUGUGGGGAAAGAUUUAACCAAAGGGGCACUCGAAAUAGACAUGUGACGAUUCAUACAGGGGAGAAGCCGUUUAGUUGCUCUGAGUGUGGUCAAAGAUUUAACGAAAGGGGCAAUCUAAAUACACAUAUGAGGAUUCAUACAGGCGAGAAACCGUUUAGUUGCUCUGAGUGUGGUAAAAGAUUUAGCCAUAGGGGCAGUCUAAAUAAACAUGUGACGAUUCAUUCAGGUGACAAACCGUUUAGGUGCUCUGAGUUUGGUAAAAGAUUUAGCCAUAGGGGAGAUCUAAAUAAACAUGUGACGAUUCAUAUAGGAGAGAAACAGUUUAGUUGAUCUGAGUGUGGUAAAAGAUUAAAGCUUCAGUCCUAUUGUAUGAGACAUGAGGAUUCAUAAAGGAGAGAAGUGACUCAGUUGCAACCUUUGCAACAAAAUAUUUAUUCGGAUUUAUCAGCAGAUAUUCAUAUUAUACAUAUUCAUAGUUCACUGUUUUAAAUAGAAUAUUAACAGUUGUUCUGUCCCUAGAAAAUAUAACUCAUUGAAU